AUGGGACUGAAUGUGGACUCUGAGAACAAAUUGGAUGCAGCUUUUUCGGAGAUUGGUGAAUUCGGUCUUUUUCAAAUUCUUGCAAUUUCAUUGAUUUGCAUCCCCAACAUCAUUUCCGCAUCAUAUGUCAUUAAUUUUAUAUUCGCAAUACAGCCACUAAAUCACAGAUGCAAAGUGCCGGAAUGCGAUUUUGGCGACAACAAUCGUGAGAUAAGUUAUAAUCAGACAUGGCUUGAGUAUGCGAUUCCAAAAACUCAAAAUGGAUACGAAAACUGUGUUCGAUAUGAAUCGAUUCAGUCGUCAACGGCCAAUACAUGUGAUGUCAAUAGCUUCAAUACAUCAAAACAAAUCGAGUGCACCGAGUUUAUUUACGCAACGGACGAACUAAAUAUUCAAACCGAG